GGAGGAGGCAUGUUUUUGUGUGAGGAGCUGCAGAGAAAGCAGAGCUCAGCAGAGGCAAAGCAACAUUUUAAACAAAGGACUGGGGGAGGGAGGAGGUGCCAGAGGGAUGUGGGUGCGCCUCAGCCUGCUCUUCACUCUCUGCCUGCUCCAUGGGGGUGGUGCAGAGAGUGAGGGGGGCGGGCCACAGUGUCAACCCCCACCAACCUGGAUGAUCGGGGAGGUGGAGCCGAUGAAGGGCUCCGAGGGCCAAGUAACAGUGGUGGCCCUGUUAAAAGCUAGCUGACUGUUCUGUUUGGUGCAGGCCUCCAGACUUGAUGGCCUGCGCCAGAAGUUGGAGAGUCAGGGUCUGAGGGAUGUGGUUUACAUGGUCAUCAACCACCAGGGGGAGCAAGCGCAGCGGCUUCACGCCAUGUUGGUUCAGAGGCUUUCAGAUAACAUCUCACUGUACAAACAGGGUGAACAACAGCCUGAUGUUUGGCAAGCUCUGAAUGGAAAGAAAGAUGACUUCCUUAUCUAUAACAGGUGCGGUCGUCUCACCCAUCAUAUUUCCCUUCCCUAUUCCAUCAUUGGACAUGGCCACAUUGAGAGUGCAAUCAAAGAGGCAUACUGCAACCGCAUGUGUGGAGACUGCUCACAUGAGACUGCUGAGACCCCAGAGGAGUGCAAAGCAAAACCAAAUGCACAGCCUGAUGCAGAUGCUCCUCCAGCUGUGGGAGACAACACAGAACAUGAUCACAGUCGCCAUCAUGGUCAUGGUCAUGGUCAUCAUGGUCACCAGGGUCAGCAUGGUCAUCACGGCCAUAGGCACCAUGGCGAUCAUCAUGGUUUCCAUCCCCAUGGUUUUGGUCACGACCAUGAUCAUCACCAUGGCAACCACAAUGGCUAUGGUUCUGACCUGGAACAAAGUCAGCAAGGGAUUAGACAACAUGACCAGGGUUAUGCUCAUGGUCAGCAUCACUUAGACUCACAUCAGUUGCAGCAACCAGUGGACACACAGCAGUUAUUACAGGAGGUCCUAGCAGCCCCAGUUAGGCCAUGAGUGGCAGAAAAAGGAAAGUGAAAGUCAAAGUUCAUCUGACAGGGAACAACAGGCACCGACAACGAAGCCGCUCCCAAUGCCAGCUGAUGCUGACACUGACGCAGGCUGUUUGGCGAUGCAGGGAGCGAGGCAGGGAGCGAGCAGCCGGUUGGGCUCUGACACUGUGAAGAGGCAUUGCCCGCCUCCUGACAGUGACACAGCCUCACAAGCGAGGCAGUCGCUGAUGUCAGGGAGACCUGACAGUGACGCAAGGCUACUGCUGCCUGACAGCAGCCUCAACCAGACCAAUGAGCCUGACCCCCCGGCGUUGGGAGCUGAGCAUGAGAGCAGUUGUAAACUGGAGCUCAUGUCAGCCAUCAACGUUGGGGCUAAGUGCUCUUAUUGCCAACAAGUAUUACCCUGAGAGAGGGUGCAGGUCAAUUCUUAAUAUAUACAUAGUGGAAAAGAUCAGAACAAGAAACACGUCCACUGUAAUAUUCAAACUCUUAGAUUUCAUAUUUAAUGAAUGUAUCCAACUUUAUUGACGUGUUUUGCCAUGGAUUGCCUCGCCCUCUCUCUCAGGUGUUCAGUGGGAUAUCAUGUCCAUAAACUGUCCCCUUCAUGUUGUUCUCAUCUUCCUUUAUGAAUCCAGAUGCGGAAACUAUGCUCUAGUGGCAUCUGUAUGAUGUCUGGCAGGAGAGACAGAAGGGAGUAGUUUACAAACAUUAUAAACACCUAAAACCCUUUUAAUGCAGUUAAGAAAAUGUCUGCAAAUGGAAAAAAGUACAAAAUAUUCAUAUAGAGUCUACAAAAAUGAAAAAAGAAUACUAUAGAGUUGAUUUAGCAAAAGAUCAAAAGUUAAUUACUGGGAUUGCAAAUCUUAGAAGCUUCUGAUUGUUUAGAUUUUGUUUUUUCUCAGACCUGAAAUUAUAAGCAUUACUAAUAUGGAUUUCUUUCAGUUUUGUACUCACUAAUACAGUUCCUGAGCUUCAACAUAUCUCAGGUGUUUAAAGCUAACAUUUAUUCAGAAAAUGAUUGUUUCGGGAGGAGACAAAGGGAUAACAAGAGUGAAAUGAUGCGAUAUGCUCUGUGCUUAAUGACGAUUUCUGUGGGAAGAUAACAGUCACCAUGAAAUCCCAAUGCUAGCAUCGAGAAUUGCAUUGUGCUGAGAUUGUUGGACAAAGAAACUGUGAAAAAUGUAAUAAAGAUGGUUUACUUAUA